AUGAGACGAGACCACCGCACCACUCAAGACGCCACAACAAUGGGCGGAGGCAAGAGUGGCAACAUGACUGCCACCGCCCUUCAGCCUGCUGCGCCAAGAGGCCACGAUGACAGCCACACAAGCGGCCGCCAAGCAGCAGCCGCAGUGAGGCGCUCCCUGCGCCGUCCGCACCGGGAGGUGUGCAGUCGGCCCGCCACGGGCCAGCACCGUUGUCCGCACACGCAGGCAACACACAAGCCUACAAAACCUGAGAAGGGCAACGAGAAGACACCAACCAAAAGUGAAGAAUCAAUUACAAUUCGUCGAAGAGAUGAAAUGGAGGCAAUGCAGGGGUAUCCUGCAAGAACUCCGACAAACCAGGGGAAGAGGGUCCACCCUGAAGAAGAUGCUCUAGCGGCCACCGCACCAAUCGAGUUACCGAUGCCGACUGAGACGGAUGCUCCCGAGGCCGGUAAUGCACUUCCGACUGCUCCAGCGGACAGGGCUGCGUCCCCGCAUGCUAACGAGGUCGAGUCGAGUACGUCAGAGGCGCUACCGAGAGUCUCUGAUGGUACUCGUCCCCCAACGAGCAUUGACGGUAAUAGUAUGAAACGUGCUCACGCUUAUCGCGUCACCCGCGAAAGUGAAACAGUUCUCACAAUCUCUCACGAGUGUCGUGCGUCAUUGCAGCAGCCGCUGGAGACGCCAGUGGACGUCCCCACCGCGCAGAAACUAGUGCCGCACGCAGCCGCUGCAACCCUCGGAGACGACACCGAAAACGAGGAAGAGGAAAUGCAGGCGGAGCAGACACCGGCGAGCUCCCAAGCGACAUCGUCACGUGCCUCGAGGAAGAGGCAGAAAUCUGACGACGACGCCUCAGCCCCAGACGUGCGCAAAUUCCGCAAGGAAAACGCGCAAAACAGCACGAAAACCGGGACAGAAAUUCGCCGCCGCGCGCGGGAUCCUAAAGUGGACAAUGACGGCUUCGAAACCGCUACGAAGACCGCAAAAGCAACACGUCAGUCGACAGCAGCACCAGUAGGCACCAGCAACAGCUUCCAAGCACUUAGUGACUCGGAAGAUGAGGAGCUGACACUGCUACCACCGAAACAGCCGCCACCGCUCGAGAUCAAAUUCGUAGGCCACUUUCGCGAGUUCCAAAACGUGCUCAACCUGCUAAUAGGCAAGGGCAAUUACAGUGUCAACGUGUCAGGUGAAGACCUACACAAAGUGAAAACCACUGAACAGUACAUAAAAGUGAGCGAAGAGUGCACCAAACGCGGCUGGAAUUUCUACACUUGCGGCGCCAAUAGGAAGAAGCCAAUUGAGAUAGUCUUCCACAAAAUACUACGUAGCAUGAAGCCUGAAGAGGUUAAAGAAGAGGUUGAGCAGAUGGGUUACUGUGUCGAUGAGAGAUGGCGCAAAACGAGGCAUUCACGGCCCGCGCCCGUGGGAACGACGUGCAGCAGCACAGAGUUCCGGCAGGAAACUCUCACCCACGUGGAGCCCCAGCGCCCGCCAACAGCCAGACAAAGAGGAGAGGCGGCCGCCGAGGCCGCGCAUCCGGAAGAACGCAUUCCAGAGUGGACGUCAACCCCGGCCAGCAGCAGGGGAACUCCAACACCCGUAACAAAGAGCGGCAGCGGCCCCACAGGCAGCCGCAGAACACUGCCCCGGCAGCAAAAGGAAAUGACGGGCAAGCUCCGCAUGCCGCCAUACAACAGGUACCCGUGCGCCAACCCGCUGCCCCUGCAGCAGCUCACCAGGUCGUAG